UAAAUAUGGAUUUUAUUAUCUUCAAAUUUCAUCACGAUCACAAAGAGAAGACGUUGCUAAUCAGAAGAGAUGAUAUAACUUUAGGAUACCUCCGACUCCAGACUAGAAAGCUUUUUAAGAUGCAGAAAUAAUUUCAGGUUUGCCAUCUCAUAUGAAUUGAUAAAACCAGGACAUGAGAAUGAUGAAUCUCCUAACAGGCAUUACUAUUGUUCCAGACCAGAUGAAAGACCUGAGAAGUUAUUAAUGAAUGAUCAACAGCUAGCAAAGAUCCGAAAGGGCAGAAGAAAAUAAUCAUCAUGAUACUGCAGUCAGAAUUAUCGUUCAUACCACUCCAAACAUAGUAGGGCAGUAUUAUCAACAAGCAUCUCCUAUAAAGAACAGAUCUAUUGGAAGCAAGAAUAAGAAGAGAAACAGGUCUUCUUCUAGUAAACGAAAUAUUAAAUCUACUCCAAAUAAAGGCAAGAGGGCCAAGUCAAAUACAAAAGAGAUUGUGAAAAUCAAGGCUGAUAAUACAUAUGAUUACAGUCUCCCUCCAUCUGUGUGGGAGGUGUUCUUAAAAUCAAUGCUCAAUAACCCUGACAACAUUGAGAAACUCAAGUUAUUAUACAACAAUAGCCCUAUCAGAAAUAAAAAGUAUAAUAUCUCAGAUUUUAUUAAUCCAACGGAUCUACUUGUGAGGAAGAUGGAAACUGAACUAGGUAUACAGGGAAGGUCAGCCAGAGAGUUCAAGUCUCCCUCUAAGGACUGGUGUACAUGAGAUACAUAUGAUUCAGACGAUACUUCUAAUGCAGCAGCCUCUGUAAUUCAUCAUAGGAGGAAUAAACUAAGCCUUGACUCCAGAAAAUCGCCGGAUUUAGUGCAGAGAAAGCAAACUAAUGCUGCUCAAGUUAAAGAAAUUGAAAGAAAGUUCAUGGAUGUUGGAUAUGACUCAGAUGACGUAUUUGCAAAUAACCCAAGCACUCUUAUGGGAGCCAAGUAUAAAGUGGUAAGAAAAUUUGAGAAAAUUAAAGAAGAUCCUCCUCCACCACCUCUCCCGAAGGACGAUAAAUGUCCUAUUUGCAAAAAGCCAAAAUUAGUAGACACGAUUAGUCAAUAUAAUACAAUCCAGUCAAGAAUGAAUGGAACUGUCUCUAUAAAUUCAGAGAAAUUUCAAAGCCCUCACUACAGAAGAGGCAAAGACACUGAUUCGGACACUUUCUUGGGUAAAUCCAUUGCAGAAAGGACUCACAGUGUUAAACAACCUAAAAAAAUUAUUAGAAAGAAGCGUAAAAGAAGCAAAAAGAGCCAGGCUAAUAGAUCAAGCAUGUUAUCAACCCCAAGACGUUGAUUAAGAGAGUGCUGAAUUCAUAAAAGGAAAGCUGAAGAAGAAGCCAGUAGUCAAAGAAGUAUUAGCUCUAGAGGAAAAUCAACAAAGGAGUUUAAUUUCUCCUCAUCUGCAGUUAUGAAAUCAGUUAAAAGAAACAAAUUGAAUAAAACAGCUAAUAUUGACAAAAUAAGUGUUGGAAAUGGUUUAUUAAAUCAUCAAAAAGCAAGAACAGAGAAUACCUCGAUCUUGAAAGAAGGAGGAACAGUUCCAAGUUUGAAGCAGGAUCAAACCAAUCCCGGGUUAACUUAUCAGCUAAAGAAUUUCUCAAAACAAAAACUCAGAUUUAACCUGGCUGAAAAUAGUGCCACUUUUGGUACAUCUCAACAAAAAUCAAUAUCCCAAAACUCUUCCAAAGGAAUAAAACAAACUCUCAAAAACCGGGUUAAAAUAAUCAAACGAAACUCAAGAAAACCCGAAAACCCCUACUCAUCUCUCAGACCUCAAAAACCUGCUCGCCAAAAGAACACCACCUCCUCUAACCCUCACAAACAUCGAAAAUACACAAAACCAUCCCCCAAACUCCUCAAAAACGACUUUAUUCCCCAAGACUCUCACAACCAGACCUUCAAUCUCACCCAAAACAUCCCUCUCCAAUCCCUCCCAGCCCACUCCCAGACCACUUCCAAACCCAGGCCAGGCACUCACUACGAGUACUCCAGCCACCACCAAACUCUAAAUCCUCGCUCUGACCUUCCCAAAUUUGUUCGUCCUAUUACUCGUAAAAGAGGCUUCAAGUCAACGAUAGCGAGUAAUACAGCUAUAAGGGAUAAAAGAAAUAGAGAGUUAAAUAAUGCUAAAUCUGAAAACUCUGGUUUAGGAAGGAAUGCUAGAUUCCCCAAAGUCAAGAAUAAAUCGAGAUUGUAUAACUAAAAAUACAUUGGCCAAUAUGAAACAUUUA